AUGCCAAUCAUCGCGAAAGAAAACCAAGACACAAAAAUAACUGCACGUUGGGCUGUUAAUGUUACUGAUUGGCAACCUACUGAAGAGCAAUACACUCAUGCCUUAAACUCGAUACAAACUGAAGAACGAGAACGAAUUCUUAGACGUCGGUUGAAACAAGAUCAGAAAUUAUCAUUAAGUGGAAGAUUGUUACUUCGAUGGCUUUUUCACAGUGUUUAUCAAGUUGAUUGGGAGGUAACUCGAUUUGGCAGAAGCAAAAAUGAAAGACCAAUUUUGAUUUCGCCCGAGGUGUCAAAAAUUGACUUUAAUAUCUCUCAUCAUGGUGAUUGGGCAGUUCUUGCCUCGAUAGGGAAUUUCGAGGAUAGAAGGCAAAAUUUGAAUGUUAUCGGGGUUGACGUGAUGAAGAUAGAAACACCUGAUGAACCGAUUUCUCAGUACCUUAGAAUUUUUCGAGAACAAUUUUCAGAAUACGAAUGGUGCACAAUUAACUCACCAAACAUUUCUGAACAGGAGAAACUCCAAAGAUUCUAUAGAUAUUGGUGUCUAAAAGAAAGUUAUAUUAAAGCGAUCGGAUCAAUAAAGACGAAAACUCAAUUAUACGUUAUCAAUGAACCAUGCCCAGAAUGGAAAUUUGAAGAAAGUUAUCUUGAUCGAAAUCAUUGUGUCGCUAUCGCUUAUUACAAGAAUAAAGGAGAUGAUGACGCUAAUGUUAAGCACACCAUCGUAGAUGAUCUCGAUAGAACUUUACCCUUCAAAAUUUUAGAUGUUAAUCAUAUAUUGCAAUACGCAAAAGAAAUAAAAGGAUAA